AAUGAAAAUAAUUAAAGUGCUUGCUUUGAUUGGGCAUGGCCUCAUACUGCUAUGUGGACUUGCGAUGUUUUUUUCCUCUAUCUAUAUCAUGUCAUAUCCUGAUUCGAUUAUGCUUGUUCUGGAAACAGAAACUGUCACUGCUAUCUCAGCGUUUCUGUGUGCGUUGUCCAUUGCUAUCAUUGCAAUCUCUUGCAUCGGAUUUUUGGGAACAUGGACUGAAAGCCCGACAAUAUUGAAAGUCUUCGUAGGUCUUGUCGUGGUAGCACUUAUAAUCGAAAUUAGUGCGGUUGUAACUCCAUUUGGAAUGCGUAGAAGAUGGCAAGAUAAAUUCAAUGAUCAAAUUUUUGCCAUCAUGGAUAAAUAUGGUCAGGAUGAGUACCCCUUUCUAACCCAUCUGUGGGACGACUUUCAAACCGAACAUAAAUGCUGCGGCAGCUUUAAACCCGAGGACUGGAGCUUCAGUGCUUACGUGCAGCAGGAGUAUUAUCCAGUUUUGAUCCCGCCUUCAUGUUGUAAAUCGUUCGAGGCAAAGGAAGGACUACGUUCUCGAUGUGUACGGCGACUGGAACCCGACUUGUACUACAACAAAGGAUGCCUGACAGCUACUAAGGAGUUAAUUUGGAGCUACAUGGGAGUCGUGGGUGGCCUAGCAAGUUUUAUUUACGCUUUUCAGCUAUUCGUUCUCGUAGCUUCUUUCUUCCUGAUCCGACAGUUCUCCGAUUAUGAAGAAGAUUACGAAUAUGAAAUGGAAAGGGAGCCUCCUACUUCUGCUCUAAGCCGCCUGAAACCACAACUCAAAGACAACUCGCGAUCGAGACAAAAGCCGAAAGAAAUUGUUGGGAGCAAUGGCAGCGAGAAAGCAGAAAUUGACCUGUAACUUUGACCUGUUAUGGAAAUUUCGUGUAUAUAAAGAUCAAAUGAGCUUUCUAUUGUAAUUUUUCUACGCUUUCAUUCUAGCAUUUAGAUCCCCUGAUAUCAGUGUUUCUGACAUAUCGUUUUGUAAUCAAAUGCAUCCUUUUUGAUACCUUCAUGUAAAAAUUUCAUUUUUUAUCGAUUAAUUCUGACUGUAACUUGCGAUUAGAAGGUCUUUACACAAGCAAAGCUUGUGUGGUAGUAUGAACUCUCUUUUUUUCCAACCUAAGUCGCAAAUAUUAUUGCGACGCAAAAAAUAUUAUGGCAACAAAAUGCGUUCAUUUUGAUCAAUAACCAGCUAUUAAGUACAGCCAAUUCUAAGGAUAUUAACACAGACUAUUAUAUUACAAAUAGCCUUUUAGCUUCAAGGUAUCAUAGAUAUGUAGCAUAGAGGUUGAGAAGGAGACCCGCAACAAAAUAAGAGGGUUCGAACCUGGGCAGGGUAGGAUUUUUUAAUGAACUUUUUGGUAUACUAGUUAAAAUGAUUUACUCAUUCAGUUUUUCCAGUAGCGUUAUCGGUCAUUUUUUUUGCUUGUGUAUGCGAAGUGGAACUUCGCCUCUGUGUAAAUUUUGUCGUUUUUCUAUCUUCCAAAGCUUAGUGCUGUUUAGAUUUUAAACAAAUCUCAAAACAUAUCUUUUGGCACAUAUUAAAUUUGCAAAUAUUGUGAUGGCUGAAUAAACAUUUUCUCUUUAAUUGAAGUUU